CGACCGCGGAGUUCAGGCGGGGUAUUCGUCGGACUCAAAUUGAAUUUAUCGGUAGCUCUCUCACGCAAUAUAUCUACAACCCCAAUUUUGAUCUUGAGAGUUUUUCCUAGAUCAGAACAAAAUGGAGGCAAUCAUCAACAAGUUCGAGACCGUUCUCGGCGGCGUCAACUCGACCGGAAAGUCAGUUCUGCUGCUUGGUGCUGGUUUCGUCACCCGCCCAACUGCUGAGAUCCUCGGCAAGUCUGGCGUCAAGGUCGUCGUCGCCUGCAGGACUCUCGAGAAGGCACAGGCUUUGGCCAAGGGCAUUCCUAACGCCCAGGCGAUCAGCCUCGAUGUCAAUGAUGCUGAGGCCCUCGACGCUGAGGUAGCCAAGGUCGACGUUGUCAUCUCGUUAAUUCCUUAUACCUUCCACGCAACUGUCAUCAAGUCGGCCAUCCGCAAGAAGAAGAAUGUCGUCACAACCUCAUACGUCUCGCCCGCGAUGAUGGAGCUCGAUGCUGAGGCCAAGGAGGCUGGCAUCACCGUCAUGAACGAGAUCGGUCUUGACCCUGGUAUCGACCACCUGUCUGCCGUCAUCACCAUCGACGAUGUCCACAAAGAGGGCGGCAAGAUCCUCUCCUUCAAGUCAUAUUGCGGUGGUCUUCCCGCCCCAGAGUCCUCGGACAACCCGCUCGGAUACAAGUUCUCGUGGAGCUCCCGCGGCGUUCUGCUGGCGCUGAGGAACGCUGCCAAGUACUGGGAGGACGGCAAGGUCAAGGAGGUCGAGGGACCCGAGCUCAUGGCCGAGGCCAAGCCCUACUUCAUAUAUCCCGGCUACGCCUUCGUCGCCUACCCCAACCGCGACUCCACGCCCUACAAAGAGCGCUACAAUAUUCCCGAGGCCCAGACCAUUGUCCGUGGUACCCUCCGCUACCAGGGCUUCCCCGAGUACAUCAAGACCCUCGUCGACAUCGGCUUCCUGGUCGAGGACGAGAAGGACUUCCUCAAGCAGGGCGAGCAGCGCACAUGGAAGGACGCCACUGCCAAGAUCGUCGGUUCGUCCAGCGACAAGAAAGAGGACAUUGUCUGGGCAAUCAGCUCGCGUCACAAGUUCCCCUCGACCGAGGAGAAGGAGCGCAUCAUCGCCGGCCUUGAGUGGAUUGGGCUCUUCUCCGACGAGAAGAUCAUUCCCCGUGGCAACCCGCUCGAUACCCUCUGCGCCACACUCGAAAAGAAGAUGCAGUACGAGGCCGACGAGCGCGACUUCGUCAUGCUGCAGCACAAGUUCGAGAUUGAGAACAAGGACGGCAGCAGGGUCAUCCGCACAUCCACACUUGCCGACUACGGCGAGCCUAAGGGCUACUCCUCCAUGGCCAAGCUGGUUGGUGUACCCUGCGCGGUCGCUGUCCAGCAGGUUCUCGACGGCACAAUCAAGGAGAAGGGUAUUCUUGCUCCCAUGGACCCGGCUGUCUGCAGGCCGCUGAUGAAGGUCCUUGAGGACAAGUACAACAUCCGCUUCAGGGAGAAGACUGUCGCUGCCUAGAUGAGCACGCUCUGACGGGUGUUUGGAAUCAUAGAAUGAAGAUUUCAAGGGUAUCGUUAGUGUAGAUAAAAGAAUCUCACGUUUGCGCUCACCCA